AUGCUGAUGCCUCGGAGACAACCACGCCGGGCGAGACAGACGGCCUCGGAUGCCGACACUGGCAUGCGUAAUGGACGCGGACGGCCUAUGAAGCGGUUUGAUCAGCUCAAGCCUCCGCGCAAAGCUCGGACCCUGCAAGCCAGCAUCAUCCAUAGACAGCUCUCGGCUGAGUACCCUGAGAGGGAUGAGAGUGCUGAGGGCGCUGAGGGCGCUGAGGGCGCACCUCCCACGAGAGUAUCCGCGCUAGAGUCCCUGCCAGUCGAAAUCAUCGAGCAGAUGUUCUUCUAUUGCCUGGAGGUGAACCUUCCGAGAGCGUCGGUGUAUCUGGCAAGUGCGCUGUCUCGACCCGCCGUCUACCGUGCGCUCGUUCUGUUGGCCUAUUUCCAAGCAGCUCCGCAAAGUCACGUCGAGACGCGCCAUUUUCUGCCCGCCACAUUCAGGCUCAUUGGGGUUGACGACCGGCGACGUCUACAGGAAGACAUACUGAGAUGUAAAUGGUGCACCUUCGAAUUUCUUCAAUCCUGCAUGCCUGCUUUGACCCGGUUGGCCAUGGUCAGAGAAUGGCACUAUGAAAGAGAAGAACUAACAUGGGCAAGAUCUAAGGGAGUCCGCCAAAAGGUGGUCGAUGAGCUUGUUGAAUUGCCCGAUCCUGAUGUUUUUCUGCCACCAAUCGACGACACGUCCGCCAUGGAAAAGUAUUUCAGACCGAGGUCAGCCAUGCUGCCAGACAAGCAACAACAAGAUGAGGCAAUGUCAGCUGAUGGUUCGGAUAAAUAUCCCCUUCUGGUUAUCGACACCCUGCAUCACGCAGGUAUUGAAGAGCAGCCUCCGCCAGAAGGCGACGACGUAUCCCUCAUUCACAGACCCCAGACUGUGCUCGCAGCGGAGAUCAUUCCAGAAAACAUUGUCCUCCGCAAACCAUGGACGGAUGCGAAUAUCAAGCUGCUACAGCUGCUGCGCCAAGCCAUGCGAUUCGGUGGAUGCCAGCCCACGCAACCUUCGCCGCAAGCACUCUUUGAAGGCAUGGCAAAUGCUGUGCGAGAGGGCAAUGAACUGGCUCUGCUCGUGCUACUUGAGCUACAUGAGACGGUGACAGGAAGGGUCUAUCAAGAGCAAGUUCCGCCAUUGCGACUGUUCCACCUGGUAUGCCAAGAGCCCACACUUCCGGAUCGGUUGCAGUGCAGGAUGAUUGCGUUGCUGCUGCGCAACGCUGGCGCCGCUACGGCGCGUGAACUAGCGGACGACGAAAUCCUUACGCGGUGGGCUAUACAUCUGACAAACUCGCCAGCAGCAGCACAAAAUGACUUGUACGUCGCGAAGGAGGUGCUUAGAUUCAUGGAAACCCAAGGUCGGUCGGAUAACCCAACUGGUCGUGCUUUUGGUGCUCGAAGAGUAGGUGGACUUUGGACCUACACACCCUGCUUCGCAGAGGAGAUUGGGUACCUCGAGCACCUCCCAGGAGGGCGAACCUUCAUGCAGCAGACGUAA